CAUGUUGACUCACGCUCUAUCAGCUUCAACGUUACCACUAUUCUGAAGAAAAAAACACCUCUCUCUCUCUCUCCCCCCUUAACUGUUCACUCUGGUGUGUGCACAAACCACUCACAAGUUGCCACCCAUCUCAAAGGUUAUUUCAAGAUACCAUUUUUUGGCUGUUUGGAUCCCAAGGGACUGUGUUGAAUAGGAUCAUGGAACAGUGAGAAGGCCAAUUCAUUUCAUGUUUCUUCAAAUUUUUAACACCCUUGUUUUGCAUUCUUCUUUUAGUGGUUUGUUUCAUUUUUCCUCUGAAGAAAAAUCAGUCCUUGGAGCUUCUUCUUUUAUGAGUAUUUUUCAUUUGCUUCGUCUUUUCUACCUCUCUUCUGGUGCAGCAUAGUUUGAGCUUCCACCAUUACAAGUGUUGAAACUUUGGAAGAUAUCUAAUCAUGCAAUCUGGGCUUAUUCAUUAUUUCAUAGCAUCUGCAACUUCAAUUCAGCUGUACUGAUGGAAUCUUGGAGUUAUGUCCCUGAAGAGAAAGGCUAUUUGUUUUCUGAUGAAAUGGAUUUUUCACUUGAUGCUUUUAUGAGAAGUAGGAAAGCAUUGGUUGAAUGGGACAAUAAAUCUAACUUUGAGAGAGAUGGAUUUAAUUCAGACAGAGGUGUAGUGAAAAGCAUGGAAUUUGUGGACUUGGGAUUCCCUGACUUGUUGCAAAAGUCUUUUCACGGUGGCCAGCCUGUAGAGACAUCUAGCUAUGAACUUGACAGUAAUUCUAGUAAAAGAGGGAAUUCUUCCACCCAUGUCAUUGCUUUGGAUUCUUCUUUGGGGGAAGAAGAAUCUGAGUCAAAGCGUGUAAGUUCUCGAGUUGAAUCCAAAACUCAUGAUUCUUCACUGAUUGAUCUGAAGCUAGGGAGAUUAGUGGACUGUAAAGGGGCAAGCAGUGAUAAAGUUGCAAAAGAAGGGUUCACUUUAACAUCUAUACAUCCAAACACACUUGCAAAGAGAGCUCGCACGUCCACCUUACCUGCUCAGGCUCCUGUAUGUCAAGUUUAUGGUUGUAACAUGGAUCUUAGCUCCUCAAAAGAUUACCACAAGAGGCAUAAGGUUUGUGAUGUUCACUCCAAAACGGCUAAAGUUAUUGUUAAUGGCAUUGAACAGAGGUUUUGUCAGCAAUGCAGCAGGUUCCAUUUGCUAGCUGAGUUUGAUGACGGUAAACGCAGUUGUCGCAGGCGACUAGCAGGACACAAUGAACGCCGUAGGAAACCUCAGUUUGAUUACAUAAGUGGUAAACAACACAAGAUUCUUCAGUCAUAUCAAGGUACUAAGUAUCUAGGCUCUUCAAUACAGAACAGACCCCAAUUUGCCUUUCAAGACAUAUUUCAAAGUGGAAUCCUUUUAGGAAAGCAUGAUCAGAUCUCUCAGAGCGGACGUAUCAAACUGGAAGAUGAUUCAAUUUAUGGUCCUCAACUUGCUGCACCCAUCACACUUAGUCAGGAAUUAUCUAGCUGUGCUCUCUCUCUUCUGUCAGAUCAGUCACAGAAUCCAUCACACCAUGCAGCAGGAAAUCCAUUAGCCAGUUGCCGAAUUCCUCAUGGCAUCUGCGUAUCCAACAGAGAUGACCAAGUUUCUCAAACACCUUUGAGGAUAAACUCGGUGGAUAAAUAUGUACCGAGCGAGUCCUUCCCAUAUACUAUACCCUCUAAGGAAGUUAUCAAGAAUAGAUCCACAACAUUUUCCAAUGCUGCUGAUCAUACUCUUCAAGUCCACAGAGAUGAUGAUGUUUGCCAAGCAUCAGACUUGUUAGAUGGCAGGUAUCGUCUUUCAUCUGAACAUGGAGGGACUGUUGAUCUGUUCCAACUAUCUUCUCAUCUCCAAAGGGUGGAGCAGCAAAGAAAUUCUGUUUUGGUAAAGUGGGAAAAUGAGGAGUGUUGUUUUCCAACUGUGUAAGAGGCUGUUUAAGCCUUAAAUGUUAGUAAUAUCUCCAUUUUGUUGAUGCCUUUGUUUUCAUGUUAUAAUAGUGGGACUGUUUUCUCAGUGAAUUGAUUCAUUUAUGGUGUAGUAUGGAAUCAUUGAUGGGUAGGGGAGUGAGGAUAUGAUAAACUAACCUUGGUAGUGGAGUUUGUAUUGAGAAAAAGGAAAGCCAAGAAAGACCAAUUGUAUAGCACAGAUACCACUAGAGCAUUUAAAAAAAAGAAAAAAAGAACGGAGACAUUUGGGUUGAGUUGUACCAUUAAUUGUAAUUUACCGACCUUGGAUAGUUUUUGACUGUGACAUUCUAUGUCUUUGAGCAUGUCUGUGGUGUAGUUAAGGUAACAUUCAGCUAUGUCUGUGGACAACACUAUAGUAGUAUCUAAGUACACAUUUCAUUUUGUAACAAAAGCGCUCUAUCUUUUAUUAUUGUUAUUAUUGAAGCUUGUGUCAACCAAUGGUAAGGGAGCAGGUCUUUUUUUGCAUGUGCGCAUGUACAGGGAACCUUGUAGG